AUGGGCGCCUACCUCUAUGGGCGCCUAUCUCUUUGGGCGCCUAUCUCUAUGGGCGCCUAUCUCUAUGGGCGCCUAUCUCUAUGGGCGCCUAUCUCUAUGGGCGCCUAUCUCUACGGGCGCCUAUCUCUAUGGGCGCCUAUCUCUAUGGGCGCCUAUCUCUAUGGGCGCCUAUCUCUAUGGGCGCCUAUCUCUAUGGGCACCUAUCUCUAUGGGCGCCUUUCUCUAUGGGCGCCUAUCUCUAUGGGCGCCUAUCUCUAUGGGCGCCUAUCUCUAUGGGCGCCUAUCUCUAGGGGCGCCUAUCUCUAUGGGCGCCUUUCUCUAUGGGCGCCUAUCUCUAUGGGCGCCUACCUCUAUGGGCGCCUAUCGCUUUGGGCGCCUAUCUCUAUGGGCGCCUAUCUCUAUGGGCGCCUAUCUCUAUGGGCGCCUAUCUCUAUGGGCGCCUACCUCUAUAAGCGCCUAUCGCUUUGGGCGCCUAUCUCUAUGGGCGCCUAUCUCUAUGGGCGCCUAUCUCUAUGGGUGCCUAUCUCUAUGGGCACCUAUCUCUAUGGGCGCCUAUCUCUAUGGGCGCCUAUCUCUAUGGGCGCCUAUCUCUAUGGGCGCCUAUCUCUAUGGGCGCCUAUCUCUAUGGGCGCCUCUCUCUAUGGGCGCCUAUCUCUAUGGGCGCCUAUCUCUAUGGGCGCCUAUCUCUAUGGGCGCCUAUCUCUAUGGGCGCCUAUCAUGGGCGCCUCUCUCUAUGGGCGCCUAUCUCUAGGGGGGCACCUAUCUCUAUGGGUGCCUAUCUCUAUGGGCGCCUAUCUCUAUGGGCGCCUAUCUCUAGGGGCGCCUAUCUCUAUGGGCGCCUAUCUCUAUGGGCGCCUAUCUCUAGGGGCGCCUAUCUCUAGGGGCGCCUAUCUCUAUGGGCGCCUAUCUCUAUGGGCGCCUAUCUCUAUGGGCGCCUAUCUCUAUGGGCGCCUAUCUCUAUGGGCGCCUAUCUCUAUGGGCUCCUAUCUCUAUGGGCGCCUAUCUCUAUGGGUGCCUAUCUCUAUGGGCGCAUAUCUCUAUGGGCGCCUAUCUCUAGGGGUGCCUAUCUCUGGGUGCCUAUCUCUAGGGGCGGCUAUCUCUAGGGGCACCUAUCUCUAUGGGCGCCUAUCUCUAGGGGCGCCUAUCUCUAUGGGCGGCUAUCUCUUUGGGCGCCUAUCUCUAUGGGCGCCUAUCUCUAGGGGCGCCUAUCUCUUGGGGCGCCUAUCUCUAUGGGCGCCUAUCUCUAUGGGCGCCUAUCUCUAUGGGCGCCUAUCUCUAGGGGUGCCUAUCUCUAUGGGGCGCCUAUCUCUGUGGGCGCUUAUCUCUAUGGGUGCCUAUCUCUGGGGGCGCCUAUCUCUAUGGGCGCCUAUCUCUAUGGGCGCCUAUCUCUAG